AAGGUGGUUUCGAAAAGAUGAAAUAUACACUUUCUGUCGCAGCUGCUUUGACAGCCGCACAAUCAGUUUUGGCUGGCGCACCACCAGAUCUUCCAUUGGGAAGCAAUCUCGACGAAUGCUUACGUGCAUCAAGCGCUACAGUACUCACAUCAGGAGAUCAAGCUUAUGAUAGUGCUAGAGAGACCUACAACUCUCGUACGACAUUCUCUCCUCAGUAUGUUGUACAGCCAAACUCAGUAGAGGACGUCCAGCAUAGUGUUAGAUGCGCCACUCAGUACAAAUCAGCAAUAACUAGUAAAUCUGGCGGUCAUGGAUACGCAGGGUUCGCCAUUGGUGGUGAAGAUGGAAAUGUUACCAUCGAUAUGAGCAAUCUCAAGACACUCAACGUAGACGAGAACGGAUUAGUACGUGCUGGUACAGGAAACCACCUUGGUGAACUUUAUCAGGGUAUCUACGAUCAAGGUGGAUGGUCACUGCCUGGUGGAACUUGUCCACAAGUGGGUAUUGGCGGUCACGCAUCGUUUGGUGGAUAUGGUCCACUCUCACGCAAGCUUGGUUUCUUGCUAGACACUAUCACAGAAGCUGAAGUCGUGUUCGCUAACGGUACUUCAGCAAUUGUCUCAGAAGGUCAAGACGCGUUCUUUGCUGUUACCGGUGCAGCUCCAUCAUUUGCCGCUGUUACACAAUACACUUACCAGGCAACCCCAGCUCCAGAAAAUACCGUUACGUUCAAAUAUGGCAUGUACGGUCGUACACUUGAAGAAUCUGCUCAAGCCUUCAACGGCUACCAAAAUUUCAUGAAUGGCGAUGUUCCAAAUGAUCUUUACGCUAUUGUCACUCUUGGUUCUGAUUCAUUUGAAUUGGCUGGUAACUACUUUGGCAGCCAAGAGGAGUUCAAGGCAAUCGUGGAACCUCUCCUUAAAGCUGUAGGUGUGAGAGACACCGACCAACAAGACGUCUCAGAAGAUGCAGACUUCAUCACAGCACUCACAAAGACCACCGGUGAUCUCUCCUCCACGCAUGUCGAGCCAGCCAGCUUUUACAGCAAGUCAUUAAUGACAAAUGAGCCUCUCAAUAUGGACGAUGUAUACUCUUUCUUUGGAUAUCUCAAAUACGAUGCUACCAACGCACAAAAUAACGGCUACAGCUGGUACAUCAUCGUUGAUCCAUACAAUGGUGCCAUUCAUGAUAUUUCAACUGAUACAAGAAGUUUCGCUCACCGUAACGUACUUCUGGAUUUCCAAUUUUUCGCUUUCUCUGGCGAUGAUGAGAAACAAUUGUUUGAUCUUGUUGACGGGAUGGUCACAAGUAUAACCACCUCUCCAGAAGCUGCUUAUCCAAAUUAUGUCGAUGCUCGUCUCCAGAAUUGGCAAAACCUAUACUACGGGGAAAACUACAACAGAUUACAACGAAUCAAGGAACAAGUAGAUCCAAACAACACUUUCAGAUUCCCUCAAUCAAUUGAACUUCCUUAAAUUAUGAAACGGAUAUUAAGAACACUUUAUAUUUAAUGAAAUGGACACUUGUAUAUAUUUCUUAUCUUCGC